AUGGCGGAUAUAAAUCAAUGCACAUCAAGAACGUUAGCUUCAAACUCUGGUAUUUCAAGCGAGCUUGCCAGUCGGAUUGUUAAUUUCCGUAAACUAAAUGGGCGUGUUCAAUCGUUUUCUGAACUUUGGAAUGUGGAUGGGAUGACUAGAGCAUUCAUGAAGACAUUGAGGUCAAACUUCUUAAUAAAGGAUGCAGCUAGUUCAGGACUGGAAAAUAUUAAUAACAAUAGUUUUAGAACACCAAAGAAGAAGGAGAAGAAAAACAAAAUUAAAUGCAAAGAGACGUCGACGGUAAAUAAUAAAACAUUUUCAAACGUGAACUCCCGAGUUUUAGAAAGUUUACCACUUCUUUCCGAUAGUCAUGGUGCUGAUGAUACUGAUAGCGAUAAUUUGUUCACCGUCUAUACACCAAUCGCGGUCCAGUCGUCGGCAUCAAGAGGAAAGAUAAUAACGGUUUACCAAGUAGCAUCUCCUGACAAAAUGAAAUCGCCCGAAAUUAUAAAAAGUGUUUUACCCCGGCAUAAUAGAAAAGAAUCCAAAAAUCAAAGUAAAAACCAGGCUAAGCAACAGACGGGGCCAAAACGUACUACAGGACAAAACAGGGAAGUGAAAACCCCAUCUCCCCGAAAAAAUAAAGACAAUGGUUUAACCCAUUCUAAAAAGAAAUCUAUUCAGAAAUGGUUAAAAGAUUCAAGUACAGAAAGUUCAAAAGAGAUUUCACCAUAUACCGGAAAUAAUAAACGCAGUAAAAGUCGAGACCAAUAUAACCGUAACCAAAGCUGCAGUCGGUCGAGAAGCGGUAGCCGAUCACGACUUUUACGGAAAUCUUGUGGGGCAAAAAAGAAAAUUAAACAUUUCAAACCACAUCAUGGUCAUACGUCAGAAUUAAAAAACAAAGGUAAUGCGCAUACAGAGAAUCCUGAUGGACCAUUAACUUGGCUUGAUUUAGAAUCAUCAUUUGAAAAAGGCAACGAGAAACAAAAUUUUGAAGCGAGCAGGCGAUAUGACCGAUGUAAGAAAAGUUCGUCUAGGGCAGUCGAACCAAAUCCUUUGAGAAGUGAAAGAGAGGAGGGGAACCAUCAUAUCCAGCAUCCUUGUUCAUCAUCGUCUGUAAAACAAAAAGUUAAAAUUACAGAGUCAAGUAAAGAUUUAAACAGACGGAGCAUCACAAGACGCUCUCUCUGGAAGAACAAGCGGCGAUCCCGAAGCCCAUAUGAUUACCAUCAGCACCAAUACCGCCGCCAUCGAAGUAAAUCACGUGACCGAGACAGAUCACGUGACAGGAAACACAGACCUGCUAGCUCACCUGAAGCAAAUGAUAAUUGCACAAUUCUAUAA